AUGAUACGUAUUACCAGUAUUAUGCGCUCACAGAAGGUUUGUGAUGCCUUAGUUAUGUUCGGAACCCACGUAAACAGGACGCCGUUCGUAUCGCAUCCAGGUGUUAUGGCCGUAGCCCAGUUACUGGAAAUGAAGUCCCUGGUGGAGCACAGAGCACAUUUUACACAGGAAGAUGUCAACAGAAUGUACGAAUUCGACUCAGAGCUCGCAAAGAAGGCGCAAGUUGCAGUGGAUUACGACUUACCAGUGUCACACUAUAACUUGGACUAUUUAGACAAGCCAGGAUUCGUGGAGACGUUGUUGAAGGAGAAGAAGCUCAAUGAAAAGAUAGCAGAAGAGGUGCUCUCAGCACCCAAAGGAGACUAUAAACAGCCAAAAUCAAUGGAAUCGUACAAAGCACCAACAAUUCCUGUGGAAUGGAGAGAACACGAGUUGGCAUUCACAGAUUUAAUGGUCGAUGUGCAGCCCUCGGUGGUCAGAGAGAUGGAAACACAAGCAAAAAUGCGCAAAUUUGUAGAAGAACACGAGAAAAAAUUUAAAAAUAAAUAA